AUGUCAAUCUACUCUAACAAUAUUCCACAAACAAUAUAUGUAAAUAAAAAAAUCUGUUUCAUAGCAAAUUACAAUGCUAUAGAAAUGAUGAUGGUCAAAUUUGAAUUGGUAGAUAAUCCGAUUCAACAUUUGGAAAAAUAUUUAUCUAAACCUGGUAUGAAAUAUUCAUGGCGAUAUCAUUGCAUAGAAAUUAACUUAUAA